AUGGAGUCAGAAUUAGACGCAUUAAUGGGCUACAAGAAUCCCGAAUUGUUGACUAAUAGUAAUUUUCAGAUUGAUUUGAAGCUCCCACAAUCCGAUAUUCAGAAUUAUAAGUUUCUUUUGCCAAAACAAGGCUUAUCACUAUUACAUAUUGCAGCAUUUGCAGAUUCUUUAGAAUGUUUUAUUUAUUUGUUUAAAAAUGUCGGAAUUCCUCUUACAAAGCCAAGCACGAAUGGAUACACUCCAAUUCAUUAUGCAGUACAAGGUAAUUCAUUAGAAGUUUUAUCGUUUUAUUUAGCAUAUUCAAAUAUUAAAUAUGAUAUUGAUUUUCAGAAUAUAUUUGAAUCAGAAUACAAGAGUUCUUCAGACAUUAAUCUUCCAUAUAUAGCAAUAGCAACAAAAUCCAUUCAUUCUUUAUCUAUUUUAAAGAAAAUUGGAUAUUCGAUUUCAAAAUUAUUCCAAAAUUCCGUUUAUUGUUUAACAAAUCUUGUCAACCUUGCUUUAGAUGUUGAAGAUAUUGAUUGUCUUGAAUGGAUUUUAAAUAAUGCAGGCAUUGAGGAUGAAGAAGAAAUCAAUUCACUUCAAAAAGCAAUAUCUCUUGAUUUUGACGAUGCAUUUUACUUUUUAUUUUCAAAGAAUAAAGAAAAUGCAUUGAUAAAGAAUAAUUCCAAUCAAAAUGCUUUAGAAAUCGCUUGCAGAAAACAGAAAACUAAAAUUGUUGAAAAGAUUGUUCGUUCUAUAGAUAAUAUAGAUACUCCAAAAGAUGUUAAGGCUACAUGUGCUGUUCACUGGCUUUGUGAAUCACAAAACUUAGAAAUUGCAAAAUUGAUUCUUGAAAAGAAGAUUGAUGUAAAUAGAUAUGAUGAUAAUAACAGAUUAGGACCAUAUUAUAUGAUUAAUCCAAGAAAUGAAAAUCUUUGCUUGGAAAUUUUGAAAUUGUUGGUUCAAAACGGUCUAGAAAUUGAUGGGCAUGCAGAAAACAAAAGAACAAUACUUGGAGAAUAUGUAAUGUCUAUCAAAAAAUCUCCAAAGAUUAUUGAAUAUUUAAUUGAUAUUGGAGCAAGUUUAGACACUUAUGUGACACCAGAAAGGACUAUCAAAGAACAAUUAUUAAUAACUUCCCAACGAAAUCCAGCAAUAAAGAAAAUCAUUGACAAAUAUCCAUCAAAAUUUAAAUGA